CAUCAUCGCAAACAGCGCAGGAUGAAACCAUCGCCAACGAUCUUGUUGUUACAAAAUAUAAAAUGGCAUCGGAAAUCACUCAACGUAUUCUUCGCGAAGUUAUCGAUCGGUGUUUAUCUGGUGCAUCAAUUCGCGAAAUUUGCAUCUUCGGUGACAAACGCUUAGAUGAAGAAACCUCACGUGUGUUUAAGAAAGACAAAGAAGUGAAGAAAGGCAUCGCCUUUCCAACAUGCUUAUCGGUGAACAACUAUGUGUGUCAUUUUAGUCCGCUGAUAUCCGAUCCAGACAUGAUUUUGAAGGACAAUGAUGUAGUGAAAAUCGAUCUAGGUUGUCAUAUCGAUGGAUACGUCGCUGUCGUUGCACAUACGAUCGUUGUUGGUGCUACACGAGAAAAGAAGGUCACCGGUCGACGAGCUGAUUGUAUCCUAGCUGCGUAUUACGCUGCUGAAGCUGCACUUCGUUUAAUCAAACCGGCAGAAAAUAACAUCGCUGUUACUCAAAUGAUCGAUCGUAUUGCCAAUGUGUAUCAUUGUAAACCAAUCGAAGGCAUGAUUUCCUAUCAAAUGUCACGUGGAAUCAUCGAUGGCGAAAAGAAAAUCUACCUCAACCCCAAUGACAUGCAACGACGUGACAACGAAAAAGAAGAAUUCGCCUUACAUGAAGUCUACGCGGUGGACGUUUUGAUCUCAUCUGGCGAAGGCAAACCACGUGAAACAGAUAUUCGUACAACUGUUUACAAGAAAAAGGAUUUUAUCUAUCAACUACGCAUGAAAUCAUCACGAGCAUUCUUAUCCGAAGUGGAAAAACGUUUCACAUUGAUGCCAUUUACAUUAAGACACUUCGAAGAUGAAAAACGAGCACGAAUGGGUGUUAUCGAAUGUGCCAAGCAUGAUCUCGUCG